CAGGUGACAAUCGCGCCGAAUACUUGCGCCGCAUUGUAGAAGUCUCACUUGUGGAAGCAGUCGCUCCGCAACUGAAUGCAUUCCGAGCAGCCUUCGAAGAGCUUUUGCCCCUUGAAACUUGCCGGAUUUGGUCCGAGCAGGAGCUCGCCUACAUCAUUGUGGGCGCUUCUGUGCAAGAGGAUGCAUUCUGGAACAUGGAGCAUCUCUCAUCCAAGAUCAAGGCUCAACAUGGCUACACCUCGGAGUCCAGGUGUUUCAAAGACUUGUUGACCUUCCUCUCUGAGCUCUCCCCGGAGAACAGGCGAAUUUUCCUGAUGUUUGCCACCGGCGCCCCAACGUUGCCCCUUGGCGGCUUUGGGGGGCUGAAGCCACCUCUGACCGUUGUCAAGAAGGAAGCGCCACCAGCACCCCUGACGGCGAACGACUUCAUGCCAUCAGUGAUGACCUGCGCAAACUAUCUGAAGCUACCGGAGUACAGCAGCUUUGAGAUCCUGAAGCAAAAGCUAGAUCUGGCCAUGCGAGAGGGGCAGUGCGCUUUCCUCCUUUCGUAGGACAUCAUCGUGCCAAAUCGGUCCUACAAACUGAGCCUUGAUUGAGAGCCGAGCCGAAUUUGUGCAAAGCAUAGUUCGUAGGGUAGAGGGUCGAAAUUGCCACCCACGAGGACUCUGAAUGCUUUCGCACAACAUCGAAUGAUCUUGUUUUUUAGGCAGUGUCCUCC